CCCGGUUUUUGCACCGUUGUCAUCAUGUCCCCAGCAUCGGCUGCAACGGCCAGUGAAAGCAGCACCACCACCGUCCCCGAAGAGGAGUCGGACAACCCCCGAGAGGAACAGCGGCCACAGAGACAGUCCUUGACUAAAUCCUUGUGUCAGGAAACUCACUGGAAAUGCCUGCUGCUGUCCCUGCUGAUGUACAGCUGCGUUGGGGUGAUGGCCUGGUGCCAGGUGACCAAGGUCACUCGCCUCUCCUUCGACAGCGCUUACAAGGGCAAAUCUAUGAUGUACCACGACAGUCCCUGCUCCAACGGCUACAUUUACAUCCCUUUGGCCUUCCUGGUCAUGCUCUACGUGGUCUACCUUGUGGAGUGUUGGCAUUGCUACACCAGGAACGAGCUGCAGUACAAGGUGGACGUGGACAGUGUGGCGGAACGCAUCCAGCGAAUGCAGCAGGCCACGCCCUGCAUCUGGUGGAAGGCCAUCAGCUACCAUUAUGUCAGGAGGACGCGGCAGGUGACGCGCUACCGUAACGGAGACGCCUACACCACCACACAGGUCUACCACGAACGAGUCAACACCCAUGUGGCUGAGGCAGAGUUUGAUUACGGGAACUGUGGGGUUAAAGACAUCUCAAAGCUCCUGCUGGGCCUAGAGGACUUCCCCAUCACCCGCCUGAGGUUCACUAAGUGCUUUAGCUUUGCCAAUGUGGAGUCAGAGAACUCCUACCUGACCCAGCGGGCCAGGUUCUUCACAGAGAAUGAGGGCCUGGAUGACUACAUGGAGGCCCGUGAGGGGAUGCACCUGAAGAAUGUAGACUUUAAGGAGUACAUGAUUGCCUUUUCUGACCCUAAUCACCUUCCCUGGUAUGCAUCCAACUCCACUUUCUGGGCGGCAGCUGCUUUCACCCUCUCCUGGCCUCUGCGGGUACUGAUGGAGUACCGCACCGCCUGUGUACACUAUCAUGUAGAGAAGCUGUUUGGCUUUGACUAUGUGCCAGUAACGCCAUCUGAGGAGCGGCCGUAUUGCCGGCACAUCCCACGAGUCAACACAAUUGACAGCACGGAGCUGGAGUGGCACAUCCGCUCCAACCAGCAGCUGGUACCCAGCUACUCAGAGGCGGUUCUCAUGGACCUGGCCCAGCUCUCAGGGAGCUGUAACAGUUACUCCAUAUGCGGAGGCUACGGUAGCUACAGGCAGAACUGUGAGCGCUGCCACCGCACUAUCAGCAGCUCCUCCAUCUUCUCUCGCAGCGCCCUGAGCAUCUGCAACACGGGGAGCCCCCGUAUCCCCUUCAGUGCCAGCCGCUUUUCGCUGGGUCGGCUGUACGGCUCCAGGCGGAGCUGCCUGUGGAGGAGCAGCGGGAGCCUGAAUGAGCAGUCCUGUCCCACUGAGAGCACGCACUGUCUGUCAGGCCAGCAGACCAGUGAGGAAAACCCUCCAGACUAUCAGGACGCUCUGUACUUUCCAGUGCUCAUUGUACAUCGCAAUGAAGGCUGCCUCAACCACGACCACCGUUCGCUGCACAGAAAUGGCUCCUGCGUGGAGACUUCUCUAUGACCCACAGUGGCCGGACUUGUCUGAGGAAUAUAAGAACAUGGGAACAGAGCGAGAAACCUAUUCACACCAGGACUGGUCUAACACUAACUUCUGCUUCUCUAUUUUACAGCAGAGGUAAUUCAGUCACCUACAAGUUACCACAAACUACUACUCAAGUUCCCUAAAGAUAGUGCAGCCUCAAAUAAUACAGGAAAUAAAGUACAUAUGGGAAAGUCCUGACAGUACAGUCAGUAAGUCAGGGAAAAAACAGACUUGAUUCCGCUGAUCAGACUGUUGUUAAAAAUAUAUUACGGCUUUAAAGGAUCAAACUGCCAAAGUGUCAUGCACUGUCCUGCAGCACAAGGACAAGAGUGAAAUAACCAAGGAGGACCAGGAGGAGUCACAUCCUAGUGUAAAUGUAAUUUUUGUAGAUCUUAGUCACAGACAAUUAAGGUCAUGGGUAACACUUCCUAGUAUUUGAAGCCUAAUAUAGGGUUUGACUCAGUGGUAGUCUCAGAAAUUGCCAAGAAAUGAAAGGAAUAUGACAUUUAACGGAGGUCAAAUGAGAAAUGAAGAAAUAUUGGGAAAAUAUCACACAUCAAAAUAUAAGCCUCCACAUCAAAGCAUAAUUAUCAGGGCUAUGUAGUUUUGCUGAAAUAAAAUCCACAUCUUCCGAGUCUCAUUAAGUGAAGUUAAACUGUGCUUAACUCUAAAAUCUAGACAUUUUGACAGCGGGCGAUUUAAAUCUGUUCAAUCCCAUGGAAAUCAAUGAAAAAAAGAGAAAGGAAUACACUUCUAAAGGAUAAAAAUAAAUGUCUCAUACAGAUGCUGAAAUACCAAGUCACUGCAAUGUCACUAUACUUCCCGACAUGCUAAAUAUAGUGACACAUUCGAUGAAUAAUUUAGCACAGGUGGGCUAAAGGACACAAGAACGUCAAACUCAAAUGACAACACUGUACAUUCUGUAUAAUGCUUAACUGCAUACAAAUAAAUAUCACCAAUAUUAAUAGAUCAGUGUCAAUUCAGCUGGUUAAAAAAUUCAAAGAUCCAUUUAAUUUCCUAUUUGGCAAUAUUUGUAUUCAGCCUACCUCUUUAUUUAAGUGCCUAGCAAUCAAUUGUUACUGACAAGCAUAAGCUAUUAUAACUAAAGUCAUCUCAUGUCAACAUCCUCUCACUGAAUUUACACUCGUAAUAGCAUGUGGUAUACAAUGUAGAAACAGGCUGUAUUAUGAGAUCUCAUUAUUGUUUAGGAUACACAAGGUUUUAAGAAUCAGGCGCUGAACGGUUUUCAGACGAUUUUCCUCAUAAUAUAACAUAACUCUUGUAUAGUCGACUGCUGCUGCUCUCUCUGAUACUGAUAUCAAAGAGACGUUCAGAGAACUGGCCAUGAAAGACGCUGGAAAUAGGCAGAGGCCUGGAUUCACUACUGAUAGUGUCAGAUUUAAUAAUAUGACAGGAUUACUUUAAAGAACUGGGGGGAAAAAACUUCCUCUCAAAUGAGCGCAUGCAGUUUCUUAGUCAUGGUGAAUUUUAUUUUACAGCCCAGCCAUGCACAAAAAUAAAGGUUUAACAGAAACGGUGACGAAAAUCCAGCAUGCCAGAAUGUUUGGAGGGAAAAAAAAAUAAAUGAAAUAUAGGUAUUAGCUUCCAAAAUUUAACAGUUUAAGAUCCCAUGGCACAAGUCAUCACUGAAAGUGUGCUUUAUGUUUUCCUCCUGGUGAACUCUCACUCACUCUUAAGGGAGGAAAUUAAGCACAGAUCUGAUUCCGACUGGGUUACUUAUGUAAUGAUCCAAUCUUCAUCUCAUGAGACCAGCAGUGAAAGAUAAACCGGCAUGGAUCAUUUUCUGCCAUUAAAACGUCCAAGAAUAGUACACAUCUGAAUCUUGCCCGUGGUCAAAUAUUUUGUGUCAGUUCCGGUUACAGUUCAGUAAGUCGUAAACAAUUAGCCAUAUUCAUUACAUUCCAUGUGUGGUGUUAAGUUUGGAAUUGCGUACUAUCUUUACAGCAAUACUAGAGAAAACACUGGAAAUUGUCAAAAGAGGGUGAGGCGUGACAAAAACAGAUUAGAUGAAACCUCACAUUUCAGAUCACAACUCACAGGUCAUCUAUGCAAGCCCCCAGAACUCAGGAUAGCAUUCAGGGCAAAGACUCUUCUUUGCAACAACAUACAAACCCGGUUUAUCCCUCCUUCCUCAAAGCUUUAGGUUCAGGAGGCAGUUUAUGCAUAUGACAUUUAACUUUGCUUUUCUUAGCAAAGAUCAGCCACAUAAACACCCAGUCGUUUCUAAAUGAGGGGUUUGCAAACACAGGAUGUUGAGCUUAACUGACGUCACAUUACUAAGGUUCCACUUCCAGAUAACAAAGGGAAAGGUUCAGAUCUGCUGCUCUCCAGAAUUUCGGUUGCACCAGCUAUUCAUAAAUCCUUCCUAAGUUCUGGGUAACCACUAGCUAGUUUCAAACUACGUUGCACCAUCAGAACUUAAGCAAAGUCUUUGCAAUGUGCAACUUGUUUUACACUGGAAACAUCACUUUUACGUGUUACAGUUUUAGGAAGCCAAUUAGUGCUUUUUACCCGAUGCUUGUUUCGGAGUUAGCAGUAUCAGUGCAAGUUUGAGCGAAAUAUGGGAUUACACAAACUGAACAUUAUUGACGUAAUGUUUUGUAAAUUCAGGCCUAAAUACAUAUUAUUAUACAUCAUUAUUAGUCAGCAGUCAAAUCAAGUGUCAGGUGUAAAUAUCAAUAUAACUGGAUGUGUUAACCAGUUAGUGUGGUCAGAUCUUUGUUAAUUGUGGUUAACAACUAAUUUCUACUUAUGAGUUACUUUGUGUGGUGCAACCCAGUGUAAUUUAGUGAUGUGUAAAUACUUGCAUUGUAACACGGCCAAGCUUGAACUUAUGAACAGCUGGGGCAACCGACUUCAGGUCCUGGUGUUCUUUACAUUUUACCUUAACAAGAUCUCUUUAUGUAGACAUUUUGGAAAUACUCUUAUUUGCCAUCUUUGCGAGAGUUAGACGAGGAGAUGAAUACCGCUCUCAUGUCUGUAAGAUAAAUAUGAAGCUACCACUAAACAAAGCUAGUGGCCUGCUGGCUGUGCCUUAUAUUUGCCGAACACACAUGAGCGUGAUAUUGACCUUCUCAU